AUUCUGAAUCUCUCAUUAUUGUCGACUUCCAUCAUGGACACAGAAACUCUUAAACCGACGCUCCAAAACAUCCUCGACCAACAGUCUCUAAAAUGGAUAUUUUGCGGCGGAAAGGGCGGUGUCGGGAAGACCACCACCUCAUGUUCUCUAGCCAUCCAACUAGCAAAGUGCAGGAAGUCAGUUCUCCUCAUUUCGACCGAUCCAGCUCAUAAUCUAUCCGAUGCGUUUGGGCAGAAAUUCUCUAAGGAUGCGACAAAAGUUAACGGAUUCGACAACCUUUUUGCAAUGGAAAUCGACCCCACAAGCGCCAUUCAAGAAAUGAUCGAGCAAUCUGAUUCAAAUGGUAUGAUGGGAACCAUGAUGCAAGAUUUGGCAUUCGCUAUCCCCGGCGUCGAUGAAGCUAUGAGUUUCGCUGAAAUCAUGAAACAUGUCAAAUCUAUGGAAUACUCCGUCAUUGUGUUUGACACGGCUCCAACUGGACAUACCCUCCGUUUCUUGUCAUUCCCCACAGUAUUAGAGAAGGCAUUAGGCAAACUAAGUACCCUAGGGUCGCGAUUUGGCCCAAUGAUCAACCAAAUGUCCGCGAUGAUGGGAGGAGAGGCAGGCUCACAAGAAGAUAUGUUCGCCAAACUAGAAUCCAUGCGUGCUGUCAUCACUGAAGUGAAUACGCAGUUCAAAGACCCUGAAAAAACCACCUUUGUUUGUGUUUGUAUUUCAGAAUUCCUUUCUCUGUACGAAACAGAGCGUUUGGUCCAAGAGCUAACUUCGUACGAAAUCGACACGCAUAACAUUGUCGUGAACCAACUUCUGUUUCCUAAACAAGACUCAAGGUGUGAGCAUUGUCAGGUCCGGCAGAAAAUGCAACAGAAGUACCUAAACGAAGCGCACGAACUUUACGAUGAAUUCUUCCAUAUCAUCAAGCUACCCCUACUCACCGAGGAAGUCAGAGGUCCAGAGAAGCUGAAAGAGUUCAGCAAAAUGUUGGUAGAACCAUACAUGCCUCCUUCUGACUAAGCCCUCUGUAACCUGCCUACAUAUCUUACUUACCCUAGAUGAAGGUUUCAGUGCAUUUUUUUUCUAUCGGGAAGAACAUUUCCGUGAU